AUGGAGGCAGCCCUGGGAGCCGUCCACCUGGAAGGGAUUUUUGGCAACCCCCGAAAACAUCUUGAAUUACACCUCCAUGGCAAAUCCGACGAAGAUCUCGGAAGAAACCUCGUGAUCCCCGGCCACCUCUCGGCCACCUCUCGGCCACCCCUAGUCGUCCACCCUACGAAGCCCAGUACCCACUUUGCACCGGAUCCAUGGCUCAGGCACGUGUUCGCCAGAGACAGCGAGGUCCAGGAGCACGAGCCACUAUCCGGGGGCACCGAAAGCGACGCUCUUUUCGCGGUGUUCAAGGAGCACUUGAGCAACGUCCCCGCAUAUUGCUCUCUCUUGAGCUCUGAGGUCUCAUAG